GAUGUUCUCAAGACAGCUGUGAUAUCCAAACUCUCCACUGAGCCCUUGCUCUGCCCCAAGGCCUUUUCCCAGUGGGACGUUUUCAGAACCACUCCCUGAGAAGGCAUGUGAAAGACGUCCCACCAAAUGCCUAGAAGACCCCUUGAUUGAAGUCAACCAUGGUUUGGAUUCCCAGCACUUUCCAAACCAAAAUUCCCCCGUUCUGGCAAACAAUUAGUUUGACACAUUUAAGAGUAAACUGAGGGUAAUAAUUAUUUCACAUCUUGACCUGUCAGAAGAGUUCUAAUGAUAUUGAAAUUUUUUGCCUUUUUUGAAACCCGGAUGGGAUCUCUGUAAUAUAAGUUUGCCUCUUUUUAUUGAAUUACUAAAAUACAUAGGUAUUUAGACUGUAGGCUUUAAUUCAGUUAAAAGUUUGAACUCGAAUGUGAAGAGAAAAUUGACUAAAGCCUGCAUUCAUCUCCCUUCCACAGCUGUUGCCUCCUAUAACCUGUAGAAGGAAAAGAAGGACUAGUAGCUCCUGUUCAAGAAAACACAUCAACCAUCAGAUUUUCGGGCUGAACUGGAAUAAGUGGCCCCGCUUUCAGCUAACAGGAGGCUGCCGAGUAAACUGACAGCAGCUCUGAUUGAUUACAGGGUUUCAGAGAGCUAUAGGUGCUUAGUGGAUGAGUGCACAGUGAUAUAUAUGUGUGCGCAUGUGUAUGUGUGUGUAUAUGUGUGUGUGUCGGGCCAAAGCUGCUCCCUCCCUCCCCUCAGUCCUCUCAGUCGUCUCUCAGUCCUGCACUUGGCGGCUGCUCUCGGUGCUCCUGCUGGCAGGAGAGCGCACAGAUCAUCGUCAGAAAAGGCAGAGGAGGGAAAUACACGGAUCUCCACCAUCAAGUCUCCCUGCGGCUUUAAACACCAAGCAGGAAGUUUAUUCACCGGUUGGUAGGGAUCCUGGAGCAACUUUGGGACUAUUUUUCCAUGACUGCAUGUCGUUAUUUGGCUUCUUCCAGAACACCCUGAGGAUUUCUGCAUCAAAGAGGACCCACACAUAUGUGAAUCCAAAGUUGCUGUUGAUAUCUGUGACAUUCCUUGUAAGCUGAUCAGGACAAUGGACUAAAUGUCCUACAGGGUGAAGAAUAGGGGAGAAUGAGAGACGUAUGCACCAGGUUUACCUUCCUUGAAGGUGAGAAAGUUUAUUAAUGUGUGGUGAAUUAUCAGGUUUGUACAGCCACUCCCAGGAGAAAUGAACAUGCUUAUGUUACAUAAGGAGCGCACUGGGACCAGAGCUGAACAACAUCAUGACUCCAGCUGACUCAUAGCAUGUGGUUCAAGAUGGAGAGCUAUAAUUUUUGUGGUGCUUCUGAGGUUUUUAUCGAGACGCUCCUGAGGAAGCGGGAGACCACAGAAGUAGAAUGUGGAACCUGAUCUGAUAUAACUGGAAGCAGCAUGGAUCAAAUCCAGGACCAGCCCAGCUUCUCAACUCUGCUUUGGGAGAAACUCAACGACUCUAUCAGCUUCCACAUUGCUCCAGUGCUGACAUCCACAAUCAGCUCUACUUCUCCACUCCAUCAUCCCCUGCCCUCUCUCCUGCCCUCCUCCCUUCCUCCAUACUCCCCCCUUAUUUCCUUUCCUGUAUUUUUCCCAACCUCCUCCUCAGCCAUCAACGAGUCUAAUAUCUCCUUUCCCUUCUCCUUCUCUAACGUCUCAUAUACUGAUUUGAAGGACCUGGAGAAUAUGCUUUUAUGGACCCUCCAUGAGCCCAGCACAAUCGCUCUGACCAUCAUGUACUCCUUGUCUUUUAUCUUGGGAUUUGUUGGGAAUUUAAUGUCCCUGCGGGUUCUGACCAGCAGGCACAGUCGCCGGCUCGCAGGUGUCAGUGCCACACGGAGCCUUCUGGUGAACCUGGCUGUGUGUGACCUGGCUGUGGUGUGUGUAUGCAUGCCCAUCACUCUGGGGAACAAAAUCUACACUGCCUGGGUAUACGGUGACCUCCUCUGCCGGGCUGUGCCCUUUACACAGGCUGUCUCGGUGUCUGCCAGUGUGCUGACGCUGACGGUGAUCAGCGUGAACCGCUACUACAGCGUCCGAUCUCCUCUAAAGGCUCGCUCCAUGUUCACUCGCCGGAGGAUCUUGGCGACAGUCACUCUGGUGUGGGUAGUGUCAUCGAUGAUGUGUGCUCCAAUAGCAGUAAUGAACCGGCGGCGAGAGCUCAGCUUUGAGGUUUUCACCAUCUUGGUGUGCCAGGAGGAGUGGCCCCAGCUUCGCCUUAAGCAGGGGUACAACGUCCUGCUGUUCGUGAUGCUUUAUUGUUUGCCCGUGACGUUUAACCUCACCAUCGGUUUCCUCACUGGCAGACGACUUUGGGGAGGAAGAAAAUCCACAUUUGGGGAUCUGGAUCCUCGCAGCCAAGCUCUUCACAUCUCUCGCCUAAAGACUAGGCAGAAGAUUGCCAAGAUGGUGGUGUGUUUGGUGCUUCUGUUUGCAGUGUCCUGGCUGCCACUGUACUUGGCUGACCUUUUCAUUGACUGCGAACAGAGGCCGUCGUCUUGGCUCCUGCAGGCACGUCCCUUUGCUCAGUGGUUGGGCCUAACAAACUCCAGCCUUAACCCCAUUUGUUACUGUUUCAUAGGAGAUCUGUAUCGCUCUGCAAAGGUCAUACGGACAAGAUACUAUCAGAAAGUUGCUGCUCUCUUCAGUAACUCAUCAUUCUCCAGCUCAGCUGCAGUGGUUGCUCCUGCAGCCAUUAUUAAAGAGAGCAAGAUGUCUGCUGCUGAGUGCCACCGAAUAGCUGCUGCUGUGGCAGCAUCUGCAUCUGUGGUUACAAUCCCUGGGCUGUUUGGCUUAGCCAGACACAAGGGACUAGGGCAAGAGGUAAGAGAUAGUUCAGACAGCCGAACUGGAUCUGACCAAAGUAUCUCAGACUGGUGUCAAUCUAGUCCCAUUGUGUACAACAGCUCUUUAUUCCCCUGCCAACUUCACUCAGUUCAGCAGUCCUCACAAAAAGCAGACUUCAUUCCAGCAAGAAGACACUCUACAAAUGUGGUAUCAUUUCCUCUGCAAAGUGAACGUGUGGAAAUGGAUCUGGUACCACUGAGGAGACAUUCAGAGGACAGAAUUCAUUGUCUGCAAAUCGAUGAUAGGGACGUCAUUACCCUGAGCAUGGAUGCAUUUUGCUCUGCGAGUCAGCACAGAAGCAUAGCAUCAAAAAAAAAUUUCCUGGAAGGAAAGACGGAGAAUGAAACAACAAAUAUAACGAGCCUAUGAAGGUUGGAGAUUAUUGGAUCUAUCAGCGCAGAGGAAUUUCCUCUUUAUGUCCUGCAGGGAAUGAAAACAUUGUCUGGUUCACAGUUUGCAUUUGAUUGAAUUGAUAAAUACAGUGAAGAACAAACUGUUUUGUGGAUAAACUUGCCAAAUCUAUGCUGUCAUUCUUUCUGCAUCUAGUAAUGUUUUAGGCUUUUGAGGAAAAGCGCAGGGAGCAGCGAUGAGUUAACCUCAGCAGGAGGGAUAACUGGAGUUUUAUCUAGUUAGUUAUCAGUAGGAGAGACAGAUUGUGGGAAUGUGCCACAAAAUUUAACUCAUAUCAUAGUCACAGCAGUUUCUAUCAUCUGCUUGAGACAAUAUCACAGCAGGAUUUAAAGUUUAAUGAGCUUUUGUACAGAUUCUUUUUGUCUUUCAUUAAAUGCUCAUAGUUCUCAGUGAAUUCUUUGCUUACAGAAUAAAAUCAGACCUUUUCUCAUUGUGCAAUAUUGGAACAUACUGCAUGCACGUCUCUGAUGGGCUUUUCCCAUCACAACAAUGUCUGAUAUAAAAUCGAGAAUGUUGCAAAAGGUUUCAGCGUUAAACUGAGAGACAUGAAUGCACUUUCACACUAUUAACUGUGGCUCAUGGGAACUAAUAAAUAAACCUGACCCCCAAGAGAUAGAGGUAUUGCUGUUUUAGUUUUAAUUUUCAUAUGCAGACAUGUUGAACCAAGGUGUUUGCCACAGAGUAUGUGGGUGGAAACAACUUGGAAGAACAUGAUCAUGGUCAGAUUAGACCAAAAGAGGACUGUUUGGCUAACAAAUGUGGAGUAAAACUAACAUUGUACCUCGAACUGAACACACCACCCUCAGAUGGAAACCCAUUUGUGGGGCAGCGUCAAGCUUACAAGGAUGCUGUUCUUUAACAAGAACAGGGACACUGGUCAGAGUCUAUGGGAAGAUGGGUGGAGCUAAAAACAGCAUAAGUAUGCGUGUCAAAGCCUGCAAAAAAACCUAAAAAUGGGGGAGAGGUUCACCUUCCAGCAGGACAACCUACACCAGAAUGGUUUAGAUGAAAGCAUAUUCAUGUGUUAGAAUGUUUCAGUCAAAGUCCAGACUUUAAAAAUAAAGUUUACCAACUCACCCCAUUUAGCCGGACUGAUUUUAAACUUUUGCAAAGACAAAAUAGUGAACAUUACUGGAUGUGCAAAGCUGGUAGAGACAUACCUCAAAACACUUGGAAUGAAAGGUUGUUAUUUUAAGUACUUAGUCAGUGGGGUUGAGUACAAAUUCAAACCAAUAAUUUUUAUUUGUAAAAUAAAAAGUGUGAAAACCACAGACUGUUUCUUUCCACUUUAAAAUCACGCAUACUUUGUGUUGGUCUAUCACAUAAAUUACCAAUAAAAUACAUCAAAGUUUG